GAAUAAAAUAGAUAUGCAAUCUCUCUUUGUUAAAUGUUAGAAAUGUCAAUAAAGACCUGCUACGAUCAAGUGCAAUCAAUGUAGAUAUGGGUAAACUUUUCGAUUAUGCUACUCAUGUGAUUCCCAAAUUCACAAUCGAUCGGGUCCAAUAGAUUAGUAACACAAAACAGAAAUUAUACCUUAUUAGGGUAUAAUACCUUAAUUCACAAUUUAGAAAUGUACUAGAAAAACUAAAGCAUUGUUCCUGUUCCUCAGAAAAAUGAUUAGAAAAAUUCUUUCAAAAAAAAUGAAAUCAAACCAACUGGUCAGGUCCCAACCAAAGAUUAUUUGAGCAAUGAUUCUAAAAAACAAGAUUACUCUAAAACACUAGAUGUCAAUAGAGUCAACAACAAACAUGACUAUUUGGAGAAAAAGAUCGAUAGUAAUGAUAAAAGAGUUGAUUAGUAAUAUUUAUCAGGUGAUUAAAGGCCCUAUUCAUCCAACCAGAAGUUCAAUCUGGAUCAAGACAGAGGAUCUCAGUCAAUUAUUAAUUAACUAAAGGAAGAGCAACAAUAAGCAGAAAGAUUGAGAGUUGAACUCUCUCAAGCAAGAGAUAAGGAGAAAGAAUUCUAAAGAAAAUUGUAUAACAUUGAUAGUAAUACUUAGGUAAAAGGUUGAAAAGGAUUAUGAAUAAAGAUCACAAGAUGAUAGAGAGAAAAUUUAAUAAUUAACAGAUGAAAAUAGAAAUUUGAACAAUAAACUUAGUUAAGCAAACAAGCAUUUAUAAGAUGAAGUUAAUAAAGUUAAAAAAUAAUAAUAAGAUUAAAUCAAAAAGCUCGAACAAGCAUUGAAGGAGAAAACAGAGGAGUUGGAAAAUAUUGCUUAAGAAUAUAAUUUAGUAUUAAAUACUUUCACCUCAUUAGGAAGACAUUCAAUCCAUGAUGGAGUAACUUUAAUAGGAAUCAUCAAUGAAAGAUCAGAUUAUCGAACAAUUGCAACAAUAAUUACAGGACAACUAAGAGGCUGUUAAUGAAUUAUAAGAUAAAUUGGCAAGCAAUAUAAAGCAAAAACAACAGUCAUCAAAUAAGAAGUCAGCAAAGAGUCAAGACAACGAGAAGGAUGAAGUUAUAUAAGAGUUGGGACAAUAAUUAGAGGCUAAGGACGAGGAAAUUCAUAAAUUGGAAGGUAAGCAUUUGAUUUUUAAAUUUAGAUUUAAUUGAGAAUUUCAAAUAGCUCUAUCAACAUAUGAGUGAUGAAAAACAAUAAUUAUAAGAGGAAGUUGAAAAGUUAGCAAAUGAAAAUAAUUAAUUUAGAGAAAUAUUUAGUGUAUCCUAUAUUCAUUAAUAAUAGCAAAACUUACAUCUAUUUGGAAUUGAUCCUGAACAAUUAAACGAAGAAGGAGAGGAGGGAGAAAAUGAAUAUCCUGAAGAAAUUGCUGAAGAGAACGACGAGCAAAAUGAUUGA